AUGCCUAAAGCACUGAGCAACGACUUGCGUGAGCGCAUCAUAGCUCACAGAGCGGAAGGCAAAACGAUAGCGGAUAUCACGCAGUGUCUGCGUAUAUCAACAAGAACGGUAUCUAGAAUAAUCAAAAAACAUCAGGACACCGCCUCUGUGUCUGCAGGGCAAUCGUCCAGACGCCCGCGAUUAACGACUCCCAAUCAGGAUGAGCAGCUGAGAGCGGCAAGCCGGGCGAACCCUUUCGCUACCACCUCAUCGCAUAGAAUGGCGAUGGAACUAAAUGUGUCUACAAACACAGUAAAGAGAAGGUUGCGAGAGGGCAAACUGUAUGGAAGGAAGGCGGCAAAGAAAGAAAAUCUUACCCUAGGCAACCAAAUAGACAAGUUGGGGUUCGCCUAUGCAUAUCAGGAGUGA